UUUUCAUAACAGCACGGCCAUGUUGGUGGAUAUCAAAAACACUUAUUAAUAAUAAUUGUGAGGUUAAGUGUUUAAUUCAUAGAAAGAAAGUGCAUAUUUAGUAAUAAUCUUAAGAUUAUUAUUCACUGUUAUAUUACAAGUAUUCGUUAUGUUCAGGAUCUUUCAACGCACUAAAUUAAAACAGCAAGCAUCAUGUACCGUAAAAUGAGGUGAAUAGGAUCAAUGUGGUGAAUAGGAUCAAAACUUCAUUGUAAGGUGGAAAAAAUUGGGACAUGAAUAAUAAUGGCAACAGAAAAUAAUUACAAUUUCUGAGUGUUUAUGCUUUGUUUACAUGACAUUUGAAGUGUAUGAAUUUUUUGCAUGUUGGCAGCACUUCACACAACAGCCAUCUGAAAUUUGAGGUUAAGUCAAUCACGUUUGUGAGUGUACGAAAACUUCAUGUGUAGUAUAUAUGACGAGUUAUAACUUUGUAUUUGUAUUUGGAUAUAUUAUUCAGGUAUGUAUUUAGAGUUAUUUGAUGUUAACGUUUCUAUUUUAGUGAUGUAAUAAAUGAUUUUGGAAUUAAUUUUAUAUUUCUAUGCAUUGUGUUUUAGACUUGGAGGUGAAUAGGAUCACUACAAGUUUAAAAUGCCCCGUGAGUAUAUUCCAAAUCCAGGAGGAAAGGUGUAUCGUAAACCAGAUCUUGAUGUCAUUCAAAGAGCAAGACAGGAUGUGUAUAACCAUGGACUAAGUAUUAGACAAGCAAGUAAGAAGUUUGGAAUUCCCUACACUGUUCUGCAGAGACACUUGAAGGGUAAAGUAAAACACAUUGGUGGUCAGACCGUGUUAAGCGAACAUGAAGAAAAAUUGCUUGUUGAAAAACUCUUAGUAUGUGCAUAAUGGGGAUAUCCUUUAGAUUUGUAUGGUUUGCGGCUUAUAGUUAAAAGCUAUUUAGAUAACAGAGGGAAAGUCGUUGCAAAAUUCAAGGACAAUCUUCCAGGAAGAGAAUUUGCAGUAGGUUUCAUGAAGCGCCACAAAGAAAUAAUUUCAGAGCGCUUCUGUCAGAACAUAAAGCGUGCUAGAGCAAGCAUAUCUACAUCUACAGUCAAUGAGUACUUUGAUAAUUUAGCCGAAAGUAUCAGAGAUGUGCCAGGUAGCCACAUUGUUAAUUUUGACGAAACAAAUUUGACAAAUGAUCCUGGCACUACCAAAAUAAUAACAAAACGUGGUUGUAAAUACCCUGAGAGGGUAGUAAACCAAAGUAAGUCUGCAGUUUCCAUUAUGUUUGCAGCAUCGGCUUCUGGAGAAUUGUUGCCAUGUUAUGUUGUAUACAAGUCCAAACACCUGUACACAACAUGGACAGAAGGUGCACCCAAAGGAACCCGGUUCAAUUGCACUCAGAGUGGAUGGUUUGAUGGGUUUACAUUCGAAGAUUGGGUUAAAAAUGUUGCAUUACCAUAUUUUAAGGACAAGGAAGGAAAGAAAAUUCUGAUAGGUGACAACCUUUCCUCACAUUUGUCUUGUGAAGCCAUAAGAGUAUGCCAAGAAAACGACAUCCAUUUUGUGUUUUUGCCAAGCAAUUCUACACAUCUCACCCAACCACUCGACGUUGCAUUCUUCAGACCGCUUAAAGUAGCUUGGAGGAAGGUGCUACUGAAAUGGAAGCUAGGACCGGGAAUGAGAGAGCCAUCAUUGCCGAAAGAUGUAUUUCCAAGACUUCUUACGAAGUUGUUGCAGCAAAUAGAGCUGAACGCAGUUGAAAACAUUAAGUCUGGUUUUGAAAAGUCGGGAAUCAUGCCACUUAAUCGCAAGAAGGUCUUGGAUAUGUUACCUAGUACAGAGGAUAAGGAAGGUGUAGAAAAAGCCAUGCAAGAUUCAUUCAAGACUCUUUUGUAUAACAUGAGAUAUGGUGACUCAGGUACCGGUACACAACCAAAAAGAUCAAGGAAGAAAAUACCUGUGGAAGCAGGUAAAAGUGUCCAGUGUCCGAUACCAGUAUCAGAUGAAGAUUACGAACCAGAAGUACCAGAAGAAGCAUACUCUGAGAACACACAAGAUGUUGCCUUUCCAGAAAAAAGAAACAACACUGCAGAUGACAGCUCUGAUGACAGCUUUUCCGAUGGUUCCAUUGAUAGUCAAGAGCUUGAGGAAUCAAAAGUGACAAAGUUUGGAAGGACAUUUAACAACAUAGAGCCUGUAUCGGAAGAUGACAUUCACGUUAAGGACUGGGUUCUUGUAGGAUUCGCUGCAGAAACUGGAAGCAAACCAGGUCCCAGCAGACUUCUGUAUUACAUAGGUCAAGUUGUGCAGAAACUCGACUGUGAAACCUUUGAAGCAAGUUUUCUAAGAUUCAAACAAACGCGAGAUUUUUCGGGACAUAUAUAUGUGUUUCCAGCUGUGUUGGACUUUUCCAGUUUUACCUUCAGCCAGGUUGUCGGGAAGCUUUCAGAACCAGAAGUUAUCCGGAGAGGGCAGCUAAAGUUCAAAUUUAACCAGAACUCAAUUUCAUGAAAUGCUGCUAAAAUUAUAACUUAAGUUCAAAUCAUUAGUGGUUAGUUAUACAGGACCAUACAGUAUGUAUUAUAAUUUUGUGGUGCUUUUCUGUUGUUUUAGAAGAGACUAUACUUGUACCGGGUAAUAUAUAUGAUAUUUCAAGAACAGUUACAGGUAUGUAAGGAAAUAAGAAAAUGAGCUGAAACAUUAAACUCUUUGGACACUCCAUAGAAAGGAAGAAUUAUUUUCUGUUUAAUGCUGGCAUGUGAAGACAUUAGAACAUUUUCUUGUAGAUUAAAUUCUUUGGACAUUCAAUGAAAAUGAAUUAUUUUGUGAAUUUUUGUUAUAAUAGUGCUUUUUUUAUUUCACUUAGAAUUUUAUUUCAUUGCCGGUUAAUUGAUAGUAACUAAGAAAGUGAAAUAAUUUUUUUUUUUGGAGAAAUAAAGAGUAUUUUUUACAACCUUAUAUUUCAUGAUUGUCUAUCUUCAAAACUUACCAAACUUGGGUGAUUCAUAUGGAAAAAAUAAUGCUGUCAUUUAAAGGAAAGAAAAGUGUAAAGAUUUUUGCUGAACGUUCAUAAUAAAUAAUUUUACCUUUUGACAUGUCAGUUAUCUUUAAAACACAUUGUAGUUAUUAGUAUGUACAAGAAAGAAAGUGCAAGAUUUUAUGCCUUUAAAAUAUUAGUGUUUAAAUAUUCAAUGUGUCUUCGUUUUUUUCAUUCCACAGCACAUAAAUGAAUUUUUUUUUAUAAAGUGAACAUAUAAAUUUAAAUGUAACAUGUAACCUUUUAUGUGGUAUCGCUUUCAAGAUACAUUCACCCACUGUGUUGGUACAUUUCAAGUAAACCAACGAACAAUUAGGAAAGCUACAAUGAUAGGGUUUUUUUAUACAGGAAUGUUACGGAUAAAAUAAUACAAUGGAAAGAGAUUACUGUGGACACAAAAAAAAUUUAAUAUUUAUGUUUGUUUUUUUCAUAAAAAAAAUAUUCUUUAGUGACAAUCUAGGCUGCAAAUGUCUCAUACAUUACUGAAUUUCUAUACUGACCAUUACCAACACAGAGCUUACACAGUAAUAUUUCCUCUUUACUUUAUACCAUCAGGUGACACUACAAAGUCUCAUAACAUGCUAUUGUUUUAAACAACCUCAGUAUGUACCUUUAUGGACAAUUACUUUUAUGGUGAGAAACAUAAUGUAGUAAUUUGUGCAUAAAAUAAUUGUUUAUAUAAUUUACUUAGUAGUCAUGCAGUAUAGCUGCACAGUAUGAACCUCACAAAUAUAAUGAAACCAGUUUUUAGUGAAUGACCACAAUAUUAACUCUCAGCAUUUUCACACACAUGUCUUGAAAUAUUGUGGUAAAUGUUUUAUAGACUUUCUCACCUCUAAAUCUUUUUUCUCUCGUUACCCACACAUCCCUGGGUCAUCUUUGCGGAGCCGGGCUUAUCCCAACCGCCUUAGAUUUAACCCUGCCACGUGACCACGCCGCAGGGUCGACAAUUGAGGAGUGUUUGUGGGAAACGGUAU